AUGAAUAAAUUUGAUGUUGUGGUUGUUGGAGGCGGCAUAGCUGCGUUGGAGCUCUCCGACCGUGAUGCAAGAAUCGCUCUCGUCACUGGCGGCAACUACGUCAAGCGCAUCAAGAACAUCGAAAUCCUUUCUUCUGGAUUAGUCGAGUACGACCUAGAGGAAUGUCUCGUCCAAGAAGCGCCUUUUGCCAAAGCAAACGACCGAAACAACAAAACUGGUCAAAAAUCCAAUGAGGCGGAAUUAAAGGUUUUCGGCGAAAGAGCUAUUGCAAUUAACAAAGAGAACAAAAUCGUCAGAUUGGCGAGCGGAAACGACUUGUUUUACCGAAAACUGGUUCUCUGCACCGGCGCCGUUCCUCGAAAAGUACCUUCGCUGACGAGUCCAGAGCUUGUUCUGUCUUUACGUGACACAGAGUCUGCACUUCUUCUUGAGCGAAAGCUACAGAACUCCAAGAAAAUUGCUAUUUUUGGCGAUGGGGGUAUAGCACUUGAGCUGGUGCACAAUCUCAAGCAUGUGGAAAUUGUUUGGUGCUCGAGAGAAAAAAGCUUUGGCCAAAAGUUUCUCGAUCCUGUGGCCAUGGAGUUUUUGCUAGAAUCGGCAGAGCAGAAAAAUGACGAGAAAAAGCCAAAGGUGGAAACGAAAAAUUGCUCUUAUCACGAGUACACGGUUCCAAACGUCAUCGGAGCAGAAGUCUGCCAGUCUGCCGCUCUCGGCCCCUCCUGGUACAAACACAAGGGCCUCAAGCUUGCUGGAACAUCGAACGAAUCGGAAAGGAAAAUUACUUAUCAUUCGGGGGUUGAGCUGCGCGACGUCGUGAAAACAGAAUCCAACGCUGCCCAGGUUAUACUAGCCAAUGGGAACAAAUUCGUCGUCGAUUUUGUCGUCCUCGCCAUCGGAGUACAAGCUCAGACAGAACUGGUCGAUGGCAUUUUGGAACUUAGUCCAGCAGACAGAGGCAUUUUAGUCGAUUCCAACAUGCGUUCAAUUUCUGAUCCAUGCAUUUACGCAGCUGGAGACUGCUGUACUACGCAUAAUUGGCCCUCUGAUGAGAUCCCAAAUUGGUUUCAGAUGCGUCUAUGGACACAGGCUAUUCAAAUGGGUAAAUAUGCAGCCAGAUGUCUUGUCAGUCAUUUAGACGAGCAAGAAGCACUGCUUGAUUUUUGUUUUACGACUUUUACUCAUUGUACCAGCUUUUUUGGCUUCAGAACGGCGCUUCUUGGAUUGUACAAUGCGCAAACGCUUCCCCAGCGCCAAGUUGAGAUCAUUUUCAGAGAGAACGGGUUCGAAAAUAAAACAACGCCAAAACGCAAAUAA